CUGUACGUCUGAUCCACGCAUCAUCAAUUCGCUGGACGUACCACGACUCAUUGCGCCCAAUCUCACGCCCGUUGCCCCAUCGCCAAGCCUUCCUCGGCGUUAUCGCCGUCGCCGUCGUCUCGCCGGCGUCGGCCGCUGGGAGGAGAUGGCGUCGUCGCUGGACGCGCCCAACCUCGACGAUUACCUCACCGCGGACUCGCUCCCGCAGGAACCCCCGAGGAGUCUCACCCUGCGCGAUCUGCUGGACAUCUCGCCAGUGCUCACCGAGGCCGCGGGCGCCAUCGUCGAUGAUUCAUUCACACGUUGCUUUAAGUCAAAUUCUCCGGAGCCAUGGAACUGGAACAUCUAUUUGUUCCCAUUAUGGUGCUUGGGAGCAGUCAUAAGAUAUGGACUACUGUUUCCGCUAAGGUUCUUAACACUUAUACUAGGAUGGAUGGCCUUCUUUACUGCCUUUUUUCCUGUGCGUUUCCUAAUGAACGGGAAAAAUAGGCUAAAAAGUAAAAUAGAGAGAAAGCUGGUUGAAAUGAUGUGCAGUGUUUUUGUUGCUUCUUGGACUGGAGUGAUCAAGUACCAUGGACCACGCCCAAGCUCACGCCCUUAUCAGGUAUUUGUUGCAAACCAUACAUCGAUGAUAGAUUUUAUUAUUCUGGAGCAGAUGACAGCAUUUGCUGUCAUCAUGCAAAAGCAUCCUGGAUGGGUUGGAUUUAUUCAGAAGACUAUUCUGGAAAGUGUGGGUUGCAUCUGGUUUAACCGUAAUGAUCUCAAGGAUCGUGAAGUAGUUGGAAGAAAGUUACGUGAUCAUGUUCAGCAUCCAGACAACAAUCCUCUCUUGAUUUUCCCAGAAGGAACUUGUGUUAAUAAUCAGUACACUGUGAUGUUCAAGAAGGGUGCUUUUGAGCUUGGCUGUGCUGUAUGUCCAAUAGCUAUCAAAUAUAAUAAAAUAUUUGUUGACGCCUUCUGGAAUAGUAAGAAGCAAUCUUUUACAAUGCAUUUGGUUCGUCUUAUGACAUCAUGGGCUGUUGUUUGUGAUGUUUGGUUCUUGGAACCUCAGUAUCUCAGGGAAGGGGAGACAGCGAUAGAAUUUACUGAAAGAGUGAGGGAUAUGAUAGCUGCUCGGGCUGGUCUUAAGAAGGUUCCAUGGGAUGGCUAUCUGAAACAUAACCGCCCUAGCCCCAAACAUACCGAGGAAAAGCAGCGCAUGUUUGCUGAAUCUGUGCUGAGGAGACUAGAGGAAAACUAAAUAGCUAUCAAUCAACUCAGGCUCUCCUGUUUGACAGAAUCAGUAGCAUGUGCUUGGCAAGAAAGAACUAUUGAAUCAACCUUGCUAUACAUACGACACUGCUUGUCCGAUUUGUGUACGACGCAUUAGAUCAAGCCGUUGAUGCGCUGAACAAAACUGCAGUGGACAUCAGAUUUUGCGUGGUACACAAAUUGAACCAUGAAGCAUUGUACGCAUAGUGGUUCCGCUAUUGAAUGGAUGCGUGCCUAUAGAUCUUUUAAUAUCUUAUGAUUGGUUAGUGUUAACACGUAA